AUGGAUAACAUGUCGCCUGAUCUUCCACGUUCUAAGCGCCUUCGCGCCGAUAGUGCGCUAACGUUAGUGUCCGGCGUCGCUCUCCCUUCCCGCGCUUCAGCCGUUCCCACCCUUGCCUACACCAACACCAAUAUCGACGGUGGACGUCAAGAUCAGCCCGGUCUAUUCCAGGAUGAUCAGUGGCAGGAUGUCUUUAUUCCCGUGUUCAUUGAAGACUCACAUGUUAACAGUGAUGAGAAUCCUUCUGCCGCAUCACGCAAGCGACCAUGGCUGUCGCCGCUUGGUGAGGCGAGCGACCCGCAAUGGCUUCUGAACAAUUUCCCUGAGCUCGGUCCCGACAUACUCCAAUUACCCGCACGUUCAUGCGCGCCGAUAAUCGUCAAUCCAUUCAAUGAUCCUGCGACUAUUCUCCAUCCCCGGCUCCGGCGUUAUGCAGCGCCAGUAGCUAUACCAGAAGAUGGAUUACUCAAUGGCCUGAUCAAAGUUCGCUUGAAUCUAAGCAGAUAUCAACAGAAGUUCCCUGCUGCACGUAUGCAAAAAUUUCCUUGGAAGAAACCAAAACAUGCAGUGCCUUUGAUCGACCAAGACAUAAGAGAUGGAUUAGCGCGUCUACCCCCAGAUUUCGGACGGGGACUAAAGCUUGCUGGAAUAGACGAGAAGCUGUUCGAAUUCUUCCGCAUCGCCAUUUGUGGAGCUACCACCGUUAUCCCGGCCGACAACUGUUAUCUUCAUGAGAUCAUCCCAAUAGCAGUCAAGAGUGACUGUGUGAAGCAUGCAAUCCUGGCACUGGCGGCAACCUACAUACUGGACUACUCGGGGGAGGAGAAAGUGAAGGAAUCGGCGAAUCUGCACUGGAAACGAGCGGUACUUCAACUCGACAAAGAACUCCACGAUACGGAAAGAUGCAAGCCCGGCAAAGAGAACGCAGUCAUCGCCGCCAUGCUUUUGUUCGGCCACAACGAGAAUGUCAACUGGGAGGCUACUAACUCCGGUAACGAGUGCCCACCCUGGUACAAAGCUACUCAGCUUGCGGAACAGGUUCUGGAGAUGUCAGAUCCACUUUACAAUUACCAUUCAGCUAGCAAUGUACAGUGCGCCAGAGCUCGCAUUACGCUGGGGAACAGGCUCGCUCAAUACAACAUCAUGAGCGCUAUAGCUUGUCCACUAGAUCAGUUCCAGGCGAAGUGCUCUUUUACUUGGCUGCUAGAGGGAGAUGAACGUGAGCAGCACAAGAUUGUAGGCAGUACCGCACUUAGUCCGAAGCUCCUGCACACUUUUGCGCAAAUAACUCAUCUCUCCACCAAGCUAUACAAGGAUCCGAAUAGGAUUGCAGCGCGCAAUCUGGGCAGGGUUAUUGGAGAGCGCCUGCAGAACUUCCAGCACCACUCCGAUCUGUCAGAAGGCUACCCCAACCGUCAAGCUCUUCUAGAUUCCUGCGAACUGGAUGAGAACGGCAAGGUCUCCACCGCUGUCAAGACGACCGAGCUCCUAGCGGAGAGUUAUGUGGCAGCGGCGCAGAUCUACCUUUACUGUCGUCUCAUGAGGAAACCCAGAAGACAUCCACACGUUCAGCUGAUUGUCGACCAACUUCUACAGAUUAACGUUCCGCCAGUAUGGCGUACUGUACAGCAUAUAUGGAACUGGCUUGAUGCACGCCACGGGUCAUCAGAAGCAGCGGGUUUGGACGUGUCUGACAUUACGAAAAUUGAUCCCAAUGCUGAGCCAUGGUGGGAAGAUAUGGUAGCCGAGAUCUAUGAGCGCGAGGGUAAGCUGAAUCUGGCGUAG